UGUUCCUCUAGUGAAGAGAAGAGACUGUCUGGAAUGGGAGGAGAUAUGUGGCAGCUGAGCCUCCAGCUGUGCAUUACUGCUGUGCUGCUCUGUGGUGGAGAAAAAGGGAGAGAUUUCCCUGGCAGCCUGAACUGCCUGAAUAACUAUGUGACUACUGUGAGCUGCACGUGGUCAACAGAAGAGCCCGUGGGCAACGGACCUUUCUACCUGCAUUUUACCAACCUCUGGUCAAAGGGCCACAAUGCCAGCUGCAAACUGACUGCCAGAGAAAGUAUGCAGGAUCAGUACCACUGCACAAUUCAUUUAGCCAGACAGAUCUUGGAAACAGAUGGUUAUAGAGUCUCCCUCCAAGGCAACUUCUUUGGACGUAAUCACACAUAUAUUACCUUUCCAGAGUACUAUCCCUGCCAGCACAUAAAACUUGAUCCACCUUUGGACAUCCAAAACAACGCCACUGCCAGCAAGUUUCAGAUAUGGUGGAGUGUGCCUUGGUACCUCGUUGACAUUCUUCAAUAUGAGUUGCAGUACAAGGAGAACAGCAUGUCCUGGGAGGUUGCACUGAACAAGACACCACCCAGUUCAGUGCCCCACAUAGAAAUAGAAGCCGCAGAGCUCCGCAGCGGUGUUGCUUAUGUUGCACGAGUUCGCUGCAAAGUUUCUGAAAAUGAGGAUUCGUACCACAGUCAGUGGAGUGAGUGGAGCCAGACAACAGUGUUUCAAAGAGCAGGUGUACCAAAACUGCCUGAAAAUACCUUAACUACCAGAACUAUGCAGUUCUUAUUCAUUCUUAUAAGUUUUGGCAUUCUAAUCUAUUUAUUUUGGAAUGGCAAGCUUUCUUCAAGGGUAAAAAACCUGUCCUGCUUUAACAUUCCCACUCCAGCUGCUUUCUUUCAGCCACUCUAUAAUUUGCACAGGGGGAGUUUUAAGGACUGGGUUGGACCUAAUCAAGCCUGUAGCCAGCUCAGAAGAGAAGAGGCCAGCAAUUCAAACAAAGUGAAUGCAGAUGGAGUUUCUGAUCUAAACACCCAAGAACUGAUUUCCCACAUCUCCUUGAAGCCGAUAGAAAGCACGAGUCUGGUUGCUGCAGAAGAAAACUUUCCAUCUGCCUCGGGUCCAAGCCAGCAGUAUGUCUCCAGCAGGUAUGUAAGAGCAGAAGAGAUGGAAGUGAGGCUGGGACUAUUUGCACAAAACCAUGUUGAUGAUGCAGUUGGCCUGAAAAUCUCUGAAAUAAUUAAAGCCAACCUUGAGAGCCCUAGCAUGGGAAGGAAUUAUCCCUCUCACUCACAGCGUGGAAAGGGUGACUUUCUUAUGCCUGAGGAAUCUUUGGAGAUAGCAAAUGAGUCCUUCAGCAGUAGUGACUAUUGUACGUUGUGUGACAGUGAUACCACAGGUGGCUUGAUUCCUGCUGAACUACUGAAGCUCUCCAACAGUAACAGUCUUCUCAAACAUCAGGAUGAUCAGAAUGACCUUCCCUGA